AUGGGGACAGUGUUAAGAAGUGGGUCCAGGGUCCAGCUGUGGGUGCCCUGUCUGCUCCUGGCAUUCCCUGCUUCAGCCACUGGGCCUGAGGUCACACAGCCUGAAGUGGACACCCUGGGCCGCGUGCGAGGCCGGCAGGUGGCCAUGAGGGGCACAGACCGCCUUGUGAAUGUCUUCCUGGGCCUCCCGUUCGCGCAGGCACCUCUGGGGCCUGGCCGAUUCUCAGCGCGCCCAGCGCAGUCCUGGGAGGGUGUGGGGGAUACCAGCAAUGCCCCUGCGAUGUGUCUGCAGGAUCUGGAGAGAAUGGACAACAGCAGAUCUGUGUUGAAUGGAAAGCCUGUUUCAGAGGACUGCCUGAUCCUCAACAGCUGCAGCCCCGCUGAGGCCCCUGCAGGGGCCAGGCGGCCGGUCAUGCUGUGGAUCCAUGGAGGCACUCUGGUGGCGGGUGCUGCCACCUGCCAAGACGGGUCAGCCCUCGCUGCCUACGGAGAUGUGGUAGUGGUCACCGUCCAGUACCGCCUGGGGUUCCUUGGCUUCCUCAGCACUGGGGAUGAGCAUGCGGCUGGCAACUGGGGCUUCCUAGAUGCGGUGGCUGCUUUGAACUGCGUGCAGGGGAACAUCUCCCCCUUUGGAGGUGACCUCAACUCUGUCACCAUCUUAGGUGCUUCGGCUGGCGCCUGCAUCGUCUCUGCCCUGGUCCUGCCCCCGCUGGCUGCAGGGCUCUUCUACAGGGCCAUAGCUCAGAGUGGGAGCGUCACCAUGCCAACGUUAAUGGAUCCUAACCCGAGGGUCCUGGCUCUGAGCUUCGCAGACUCCCUGGGCUGCAGCUCUGCCUCUUCGGCUGAGAUGUUUCAGUGCCUUCGGCAGAUGGCAAAGAGCAAAUCCUUAACAUGAAGUUGGUAUAACACUACGGCUUCCUACACUGUUGAUGGCACCUUCUUUCCCAAGAGCCCCAUGGAACUCUGGAGGGACAGGCACUUCUACUCUGUGCCCUUCCUCGUGGGUGUCAACAAUCACGAGUUUGGCUGGCUCAUCCCCAGGGGCUAGGGUUUCCUGGAUAAGGUGCAACAGAUGAGCACAGAGAAUAUAUUGGCCAUGGUGAAACCCUACUUGGCCAGUAUGGAUGUGCCCCCUGAGGUGAUGCCCAGCAUCAUAGAUGAAUACCUAGGCAGCAGUUCCAACACAGAAAUCAAACGCAAUGCCUUCCAGGACAUUCUGGCUGACAUCACCAUUAUCUUACCCUCCUUGAAUUUCUCUAGAAACCUCCGAGAUUCUGGAGUCCCCGUCUUUUUCUAUGAGUUCCAGCAUCAACCCAGUUCUUUCGAGAUCAAGCCUGAGUGGGUGAGGGCUGACCAUGGGGCUGAGAUAGCCUUCAUGUUUGGGGGUCCUUUCCUCACGGACGAGAGCUCCCUGCCGGAAGCUACAGAGGAGGAGAAGCAGCUGAGUCUCACCAUGGUGGCUCAGAGGACCAAGUUUGCCCGGACAGGGGACCCCAAUGGGGAGAGGCUGCCUCCGUGGCCCCCCUUCAACCAGUUGGAGCGAUAACUGGAAAUCGGCCUGACACCACAAAUUGGCCAGAAGCUGAGAGAAGCCCAAAUGCAGUUCUGGGCAGAGAGGCUUCUGGCCAAGAUCGGCCAGUGGCGGCAGAUGCGGAAGGGCAGGAAGGCCCAGGAGGAGCCCUAG